CGCAGCCUAUUGUUAGUCGGAGCCGGGGCGGUUCUGGGUACUCGCAGCCGAGGGAGCAGGAGCCUCCCGCUCCCCGCCGCCGGCCGGCCCUCCCUCCCUCCCUCCCUUCCUUCCCCCGCCGCCCUCAGAGCUCCUGGACCCGUGGCCACGGCUCCCGGGGCUCGCUUCCCCUUCCCUCCCUCCCUCCCUACCCUGGGCCUGGGCGGCGGCGGCAGCGGGGGCGGCAGAGACCUUCGCGAGAAGCGGAGGCGGCGCCGGCGGCGUCGGGGUCGGGCCGAAUCCUCAUGAACCUGUCUAGCUGGUGGUGAAUGGGGGCUUUAGGGCCUUUAUAGUGGGCUCCCUAAGGAAGUCCUUUCAAGACCAAUGGAUGCAUUCACGAGCUCGAGUCUCAAGAGGAAAUUUGAAGAUGUGGAUGUGGGCUCUUCCAUUUCUAACUCAGAUGAUGAAAUCUCUAGCAGUGACAGUGCUGACAGCUGUGACAGCCUUAACCCUCCUAGCACUGCUGGCUUCACACCUACAUCUAUCUUGAAACGGCAAAAACAACUCCGGAGGAAGAAUGUACGCUUUGAUCAGGUGACAGUGUACUAUUUUGCCAGGCGCCAGGGCUUCACCAGUGUGCCCAGCCAAGGUGGGAGUUCCUUGGGCAUGGCCCAGCGCCACAAUUCUGUGAGAAGCUACACGCUCUGUGAGUUUGCUCAGGAACAGGAGGUCAACCACCGGGAGAUCCUCCGUGAGCAUCUGAAAGAGGAGAAGCUGCAUGCCAAGAAAAUGAAGCUCACCAAGAAUGGCACGGUGGAGUCAGUAGAGGCUGAUGGCCUGACACUAGAUGAUGUGUCAGAUGAGGACAUUGAUGUGGAGAAUGUAGAAGUGGAUGACUACUUCUUCCUGCAGCCUCUGCCCACUAAGAGGCGUCGGGCCCUGCUCCGGGCCUCUGGUGUCCAUCGAAUUGAUGCUGAAGAGAAGCAAGAGCUUCGGGCCAUCCGACUUUCACGGGAGGAGUGUGGCUGUGACUGCCGGCUAUACUGUGACCCAGAGGCCUGUGCCUGCAGCCAAGCUGGGAUCAAAUGCCAGGUGGAUCGCAUGUCCUUUCCAUGUGGCUGUUCCCGGGAUGGUUGUGGAAACAUGGCAGGGCGUAUUGAAUUUAAUCCAAUCCGGGUCCGGACUCAUUACCUCCACACCAUCAUGAAACUGGAGCUGGAAAACAAGCGACAGGUGAGCCGCGUACCAGCCCUAGAAGAGGAACUCCCCCCAGCCCCUAGUGGCGAUCUCCCCGGUACUCACGACUCAGAGACCCAGGAUUUCCAGGAGUUCAUUGCUGAAAAUGAGACUGCUGUGAUGCACCUGCAGAGUGCCGAAGAGCUGGAGCGGCUGAAGGCCGAAGACUCCAGCGGCUCCAGUGGCUCCAGCGCCAGCCUGGACUCGAGCAUUGAGAGCCUUGGAGUAUGUAUCUUAGAAGAGCCCCUUACGGUUCCUGAGGAGCUGUGUCCGGGCCUUGCUGCCCCCAUCCUCAUCCAAGCCCAGCUCCCCUCAGGCUCUUCAGUCUUAUGCUUUGCUGAGAACUCGGAACACCCAGCUACCCCCACGGCCAGCGAACCCUCUUAUUUGAACAGUGGCCCUGUGGUCUAUUACCAGGUGGAGCAAAGGUCAGUCUUGGGAAUGAAGGAGGAACCUGAUUCAGAAGCAUCUGAAAUUCCCCCUUCAUUUCCCAUAGAAAAGGAUUUGAGUGUCUUUUCUCUCCCUGCUACCUCAUUGGUGGCCUGUAGCCCCACAGACCCAGCUGCCCUCUGUAAACCAGAGGUGGGGAAAAUGCCCACUUCCGAAUCCUUACUGCCAGAAAGCUGUAACCCCGAAGGGCCUGAAUGUGAUGAUUUCCACCCCCCCUGGUCCCCACCAAACCUUCCCUUCCGCACAGACAGUGAGGAAGGCUGUGGGGUAGAACAGGCCCCAAACGGGCUCUGCGAUCAGGGUCAGCCUCCUAAGGACUCCUCUCUGGCCCUUCCUCUGCCAGUGUGACCUGAGGGACAUUAUCCCUCUCCCAAUAUCUAUUUAUUCACUUAUUUUAUCUAAUACUAUUUUAAAACAAAACUGAAAGAAGCCA